AUGCUGAUUGCGCCGGUCAUUGCCUCGCCCAUCGAGACUCGCGAUGUUCUCACCGAGCUCCAAGAUCGGGCCAUGAGUGCUCUCUCCGCGUCGGGCGCUGGUAACAAGCGCAGUAGCUGCAAUAUCUUCAAUGCCCGUUACCGCCGGGACUGGUUCGCAUUUUCUUCCCAGGAGAGGAAAGACUAUAUCAGUGCCGUGCAGUGCCUGUUGACGUCACCUUCCAAGUCGGAUCCAGAGUUCGCGCCCGGUGCUCGCAACCGCUACGAUGACUUCGUCGCGGUGCACAUCAACCAGACCACAAAGAUUCACGGAACUGGUAACUUCCUGACAUGGCACCGCUACUUUGUCUGGGCGUACGAAGAGGCUCUGCGGAACGAAUGCGGCUACAAGGGCUCCCAGCCAUACUGGAACUGGUUGAAAAACCAAGACGAUCUCCGAAAAUCCCCUGUCUUUGAUGGCAGCGAUACCAGCCUGAGCGGCGACGGCGCUUACCUCAAGCACAACGGCAGCGUCAGCGGUGCGGGUGCCAUUGUUCUGCCUUCAGGCGAUGGUGGUGGUUGUGUCAUGAGCGGUCCUUUCAAGAACAUGACGGUCAACCUUGGUCCGGUCAACCCCGGCAUGGAUGGCCUCGAGGCCAGCCCAACCGGCAAGCUUGGCUACAACCCCCGUUGCCUCAGUCGCGAUCUGAGCAACUACACCGCGUCAACUUGGUUCACAAACGAGAACAUGCUCAACAUCACCCUCGGCGCGGCCUCCAAGAGCGUUGAGCUUUUCCAGAACGAGCUCCAGGGUCGUUUCUCCGACGGCUUCCUCGGAAUGCACGCCUCCGGCCACUUCACCGUCAACGGCGAAGCCAGUGAUCUGUACUCCUCUGUUGUUGACCCAAGCUUCUUCCUACACCAUGCCAUGGUCGAUCGCGUGUACUGGUUGUGGCAGGCCCUUCAUCUUUGGGACGCUUUCACCAUUGCUGGCACGAUUACCAUCAACAACAGGCCGGCUAGCAGGGAUGCUUUGAAGACUGAUAUCCUUGACCUCGGUGUCAAUGCUGAGAACCGCACUAUUGACGAGGUUUUGAACACCAUCGGUGGAUCUCCUCUUUGCUACGUCUACGCGUAA